AUACCAAUGAAAUUCCAAAUUAUGAUUAUAUGAAUAAUAAUGAUAUGGAAGAUAUAAAUAUUGACAAGAAUGUUGAAGAUGAGGAUAGUCAUCUAGAAUAUUUCCUGUACAAUUGGCCAAUACUUGAUUGCAUUAAGAAUUUAUUAAAGAAUGAUGAUAUAACUCAAAACUUUUUAUUUUCAUAUGAUAGUAUUCAUCAUAAUAAUGAAAAAGCUUAUGGUGAACAAAAUACUGAUGCUACCAAUUGUGAUAAUUUGGGAAAAAGUCAAGAGCAUCCUUUAUUUUUAUCACUAGGCAACAUUCCAUCUUGGAGACAUAAUAAAUUGGAUGCAAAACAGAUCUUGGGUUAUUUUCCAAUAAUCAAACCAAUAACUGAAACAGAAAAAAAAUCAUUAGAAUAUAAAAAUAUUAGAAGAAAAAUUUUCCACAAGUCUCUUAAAAUAAUUUUAGAACCUUUACUCAAUAAAGAAAUGGGCAUAAAUCUAGAAAUUGGAAACAAAACACAUUGGUUUUUUCCAAAAAUUUCAGUUAUUUUAUCAGACUUGGCUGAAUCUUCAAUAUAUUGUUUAACAUAUAAGUCAUCACAAUCAAAUCACCCUUGUCACAAUUGUUUAGUAUGUAAAGAAGAUUUAUCAAAUAUGGAUUUAAAUAUUAGUAGUAUUGCCAAAAGAACACAUAAAACAAUGAAAAGUUAUUUUGAUAACAAUUCAACAAAUUUAGUUUCAAUUGAAAAGGUUGAGAAUUUUUUUUGGACAAUAGCUGAUCGAAUGCAUGUAUUAGACUUAGGAUUAUACAAUUACCAACUUGAGUUUACAUUCCAAUUAUUGGGAUCAUUUGAAGGUGGUAACUCUUUAAUUGAUGAAAUAAACAUAAGAUUGUCAAAAAUUCCAUGGUAUAAUAAUUUGAAGAUUUUUAAUAAUGGUGUCACUGCUUUAACAAGAAUGACAGCAAAUGAUUAUCGAAAUUUGAUGAAAGUAUUUGUUUUUGUCUUGGAUAAUUUAUAUAGUAGUAAAAAUUUUCAUGAUGAAGAAAAUAAAAUAAAGAAUGAAAUGUUGACUAGGGUAUUUGUUUUAUUUAACAAAAUGUGCAUAAAAAGUCAGAAAGAAUCUUUCACAGAAAGUGAUUUAAUAGAUUUUGAGGAUUCCAUUAUAGAUUGGUCAAAAAAAUUUGUUGAGUUGUUUUGCAAAUUUUCUAAAUCAAAUCUUAGAUUUCCAAGACUUCAUCAUUGGAGGUACCAUAUCAUUGACUCCAUAAAAAAUUUUGUAAAGCUUUUCAAAGCAGUAACUUUAUAUAAUGGUAGCAUCAUCAGAUCAGAUAAUAAUUACCAUAAUAAAUCCUGGUUUAGUAAUGUAUCAAUCAAAAUGGAUUCAAAUGAAUCUUCAGAUUAUUUAACUGAUGAAGAUUUAUGCUAUGGGCAA